CAGCAAAUCGCAAUUUCAAGGGGAACACAUGAUGGGUGAACACAACGUGCGGACUCUCCCACAGUGAUGUCCUAUUGUUCCUGAGGAGGUCCCUCAUUUGCACAUGAAUGUAGAAGCACAAUGGCUCCUUUGCAGUCCUGACAUCUCUUACAAAGUUUGUCAUGACAGCGCAACCCACAAAAUGAUGUCCACGAGACUACUGACACUGCUUAGCCCACAUCCAGUUAAGAGGAGUCUACCACUCAUCUGCAAUGCUUACUUCUCAAAUCUCAGAAGACACUAUGAGAACGUCUCCACAGCCAUCUGUCAGUCUGGAUCCUGUUUUAACCAAAUAACUUAUUGCAAAAAGGGAAUAUGGUCAGUGUCACCGGCUGGCAACAGAUGUUUCAGCCUCACACCUGCUGGGAUUGUUAAUGCAGCCCCGGUAUCCAUUCAGCCCUACCUCCGAUUAAUGAGACUGGACAAACCUAUAGGAACUUGGUUGCUGUAUCUGCCCGGUGCAUGGAGUAUUGGGUUGGCCGCAGACCCCGGAUGCCUCCCUGACUUUCGCAUGCUGGCUCUGUUCGGCGUUGGAGCUUUGCUUAUGAGAGGAGCCGGUUGCACCAUCAAUGACAUGUGGGAUAAAGACUUUGAUAAAAAGGUAUUGAGGACAGCCAGUCGACCCAUUGCGUCAGGGGAGGUCACACGGUUUCAGGCUCUGGUUUUUCUCGGAGGUCAGCUGAGUUUAGCUCUGGGGGUUCUGCUCUGUCUCAAUUACUACAGCAUCGCUCUCGGCGCUGCUUCUUUGUCACUGGUGGUCACCUACCCGCUCAUGAAGAGAAUCACAUACUGGCCACAGCUCGUUCUAGGUCUUACUUUCAACUGGGGUGCACUUCUGGGCUGGUCUGCCGUGAUGGGAUCAUGUGACUGGUCUGUGUGUUUACCUCUGUAUUUCUCUGGCGUAAUGUGGACAUUGAUUUAUGACACCAUCUAUGCCCAUCAGGACAAAGAAGAUGAUUUAAAAGUGGGCGUGAAGUCUACGGCUCUGAGGUUCGGCCAGCACACUAAACAGUGGCUGGGCGGGUUUAGCGUGGCGAUGUUGUCCGGCCUUGUUCUAGCAGGAGUCAACGUGGACCAGACGUUACCCUAUUAUUGUACACUGUCUGCAGUGGCUGUUCAUCUAGCACAUCAGAUCUACACUGUGGACAUCAACAGGCCUGAGGACUGCUGGAAAAAAUUUGCCUCCAACCGAAACCUCGGACUGCUUUUAUUUUUGGGAAUAGUGACCGGCAAUUUAUGGAAGAAAAGAAACGACGAUCAAUAUGAAAUGCAGCUUAACUCUGCUUCAAAUUAAAACCUCUGGUUGAGAUAAUGUUUAUUGCAAGACCUAAUACAUGUAAAGUGGUGAUCGUUUUAAAAUAUUUAUUAAACCGCUACAAACAG